CGCUUCUCUCUCGCUUGACCUCACUUCGUCGUCGAAAGCAGAUCCGUGUGAAAAAUGGCGCCGAAACAAGAUAUGGAGAAGAUGGAGCUUCGCAAGAACUUCCGUAAUGUUUGGCAUACCGAUCUCACCCACAGUAUCCAGAACGAUACUCCUUAUUGUUGCUUCGCGUUGUGGUGUGCCCCUUGUGCAUCAUACUUGCUUCGCAAGCGUGCACUUUACGAUGAUAUGUCAAGGUACGUAUGCUGCGCAGGUUACAUGCCUUGUAGUGGUAGGUGUGGAGAAACCAAAUGUCCUCAACUUUGUCUUGCCACUGAGGUCUUCUGCUGCUUUGCAAACUCUGUGGCCUCGACUCGCUUUCUUCUGCAAGAUGAGUUCCAAAUUCAAACGACAAAAUGUGACAACUGCAUCAUUGGUUUCAUGGUUUGCCUCAGCCAAGUGGCUUGCAUAUUCUCCAUAGUUGCAUGUAUUGUCGGUAUUGAUGAGCUUUCAGAAGCUUCUCAGUUACUCACAUGUUGCUCUGACAUGGUGUACUGCACGGUUUGCGCAUGUAUGCAGACACAACACAAGAUGGAAAUGGACAAGAGGGACGGUAAGUUCGGGCCACAGCCAAUGGCAGUGCCUCCGGCUCAGCAAAUGUCACGGUUUGAUCAAGCCAUCCCACCUGCAGUCGGUUAUCCUCCACAACAAGGUUACCCACCUUCUGGUUAUCCUCAACACCCUCCACAAGGUUAUCCACAACACCCUCCACAAGGUUAUCCACCUUCUGGCUAUCCUCAAAACCCUCCUCCAUCAGCUUAUUCUCAAUACCCUCCCGGUGCUUAUCCUCCUCCUCCCGCUUACCCAAAGUAAUCAUCUCUCUUUACCUGUUUUCUCUUCCGAUUGGAAAAAUCUAUUUCAUCUCUUUUGAUUCACGGCAUGUCGUUAAUAUAUAUACUGUCUUGUU